AUGACCCGUAGCAGAGCUUGCGAUCCGUGUGCCACGAGGAAAAUAAAAUGUGACCGAGGAAAUCCUUGCCGGCGCUGUCAUACUUUGGAUAUUCCAUGCACUACAUCGCGAGCUCAGUCGAAGCCCGGUCCCAAAGGGCCCUGGGCCGAGAAGCGACGGCUGGCCCGUCUCCAACAAAAUACGCUGCAGCACUCUGCAGCAAAACUGGCAGAGAGUAGCCAUUUUGUGCCAAUAGUCUCGGAGCAACAGCAGCAUCACGCAAUUUUGGAGUCGCUGCCAACUUCUCCUACUCAAUUUACGCCAAGUCUGCCGGUCUCGCUGAUACACCAGUGUCUUGAUGCUUACCAUGAACGCCUGUAUCCGGUGUGGCCAGUCGUCGACCGGGACGAAAUGAGCCUGCGACUUCAGAACCCGGAUGAUGCAGAUGCAUAUGCGUUGUGUACGGCUCUGACGGCGGUCGUUCUUGCGCACCUGACAUUCAAUCCUGCUGAAGUUGUAGAAGCUCCCCAUUCCGUCGACAAUUUCUGGAUAGCCACGGAGUCAGAGCGAGCAAGAGCGUCACUCCGGUACCAUGAAAAUCCUAGCCUUGAAUUGUUGCUCUCAUCCUUCUUUUUGCAUAUAUUUUACGCAAACAACGGGCAGGUUUGCAGAGCCACUGUGCUCAUUCGAGAGGCUAUCACACUUGCCCAGUUCCUAGAACUCGAUCAGGCCAAACACUAUACACAGUUGCCCAAAAAGCAGGCACAGUUGCAUCUUCGCAUAAUCUGGAUUUUGAGUAUUACAGAACGCGGCCAUACAACUCGUUUCGAUCUUCCACGGAUCUUAAAAUUAGAUCCUAAUCUACCACCGCUAGAAACCAAGGAGGUUCCCCCUGGCUUGGUGGCUUUUACAGACUUGUGUCAACUUUUCCGUACCUUCGGCCAAGCCAUGGACAGCGAAACAUCAAACAGAACUUCUGGGUUUUUCAGUUCGACUGACUUUAAACUGCGUGAGCUGCGCCAAAUGCAGUCCAAGAGAGAAUUUCAGCAGGCAGAUUUCCUCAUUACCCAGCAGUGGAUGCGGAUCAUGCUCUGGAAGAUGUCAAUAUUUCACAUCAAGCUUUCUGCGAAUUCUGAGGAUGAAAACCUCAGCAUCUGCUUUCCUGAACGGGUGGCAGGGAAUGUCUUUGUAUAUCUGAACAAAAUUCCUCGCAAUAUCAUCGAAGCGCAUGGUAUAGGAAUGCAAAUGAAAUUGGCAGACGUAGCAAUUUCCCUCGCGGACAUGUUAUUCUGCAUACCAUGGAUAUCAGAGCGCCGGCAAGUCAUGAAAGUCGGCCCAGGCGACAUGCUCUGCCAUAUCGCGCAACUCUUAGCCUCGCUGCGAGGUAAUGUGAAUCCGAGGAUGGAGAUCCUUUUCGAGAAGCUCUCGAACCAAGGCUGGGGCUGUUCGGUGAAUAUGCCGCUUCACGAUGUUUCGUCCGUACCAUCAUUGGCCCCAAUAGCGUCAACCCCCAUCACAACAACAAUACUUCCUAUUCGGCAGAUUGAGGAGGCCUGCGACGAUAGAAUCGAGGAGGAGGAGGAAGAAGAGGAAGAACACGAUUAUUGUGACUACGGCCAUUCUAUAGAACGGGAAUUGUCUACAGCAAGUUACCUUGGCUAA